UCGUCGACAAGUUAUCUAUUAAAUUUCAUCAAAAAACUUUAUGUGUUAGUAUUCAUAAGUGUUAAAAAUUUUUGUUUAAAAAACAAAAAUAAAAAAUAAAAAAAAUGAGUGGAAUUUUAAGAAAUACAUUGCGUCUUGUUGGCACAGCAAAAUAUGCUACAAAUAAUUCAACAUAUCUACGAUCCAUGAUGCUCACAACUAAUCGUUUAAAUCAUUCAUUGCCAUUACUUCAAUCAAAUAAUUUUAACGAUAAUAGAUCAGAAAUAUCACAUGCUACUCGAGCUAAAAAAAUCUUGACUAAUUUUUGGGGAAUCAUUCAUGCUACUGGAAAGAUAAUAUCAAUAUUUAAGAAAGAAAUAAAAACAUCAAAUAUUAGUGAUUUUGAGGUAUCAUUUAGUAGCAGUAGAGCAGCAUUAUUUUCACAAGAAAUAAAAAAAAAUUGUAUUUUUCCUUCGAAAUUCACCACCAAACUUAACGAAGAAUCAAUUAAACCUAAAAGCAAUAAAACUGAUGUAAAAAAAGAAACUUCAUUUGAAAUAGGUAAUUGGAAUGCAUCACUUGCUGGUGAUUCAUUAGUAUUACGCCUACAAAAUAGUAAGAAAACGUUUAUUUUGAAACACGCAGUUCACGUUCAAGCUCACAUGAGCCCACCUAAAAUUGCAAAGAAUGGUAGUGUACUACACACUCCACAAAAACCUGAUUCUAAUAUUGUAAUUUCUCCCCUUAAAAUAAUAUCAAAAACACUGUCGAACAGUUCAGAAACAACUUUUCCACCUGUAAAUGUUCCGAUACCCUACCAAAAAUUUUUCGAAUUCGGAGAUGACUUAACAGAGACUUCAUAUGAAGAAGAAGAUAAUGAUAAAUUAACUCAUGCUCCAAAUAAUUUUGGAAGAAUGAAACUAGAAUUUCCAAUGGCUGUGUCACUUGAAAAUCAACAAAAGAUAAAAUUGGAAAAUAGUAAUGAUACUUUCACUGUCUAUCACAGAGUUAGGAUUCUAGCUUUUGAAGAUGAUUUACCUGAUGAUUUAAAAGUUUCUUUUUCGGAUAAAAAAAUAAAUGUUACAUCAAUCGCUGAAGCUGGUAUACUUCGAAUCGGACUUGAGAGUGGUGAUCUAUCGAUUAAACCAAUGCACUUUAGUAAUCGAAGUAUAAUAUUAAAACAAGAAGUCUACAUUGAAGUUGACUUAGAUAGUGCAGUACCAACUCUUCUUGUUUGCCCUUAUUUAAAAACAACCUUUGGUGCCGAUUUCAAGUAG